CCAAAGCUGUCAGUCAAACCUCAUGGAGCGAUUGCUCCGCCCACAAACCUUUUGCUCGUUUGGGGGUGGGUAGGGUCAGCGAUGAACGACAUGAGUCAUUGGAGGACCUGUUGGAAACGCUGGUUCUAAAAAUAGCAUACACGGGGGAGUAAAACAGAACAGCGGCCAUGUGAAGAAACUUUUAAACAUUUUUCCCUGUAAAAAUUGUGCAAGGAGUUUUCAUUUCAACUUAUGAAAUGCAUACGCUCUAAAUUUUUGCACUUAGUUGUCAAUUGUACACGAUUUUUGACGUGAAAUGCCAUAAUGAAUAUUUGUUUACAAACUAUCGCAACUUUCUCAUCGUGCGUCCGGCCAGCACUUGCGCAAAACCGAUGCGCAGUAAGCAGCUACGUUGUCUGGAUUCUUUGUGUCAUACCUAGCAUACCAGUUACGAAGUUCCAGAACUCUUGAAUUUUCUUGAAUUGAAUUCAAAACUACUAAAAACACAUUCUGGAGGUCUGUAAAGGUGCCGUGUGAGGCAUGUCAUCCGCAUGGAACACUACGGCAGGGGAAAACCCGAACCCAGGUGCUCAUGACACUCUCAGCAACUGCAGUGAAGGCAAAGGAAACAAUUCCGGGGAUGAAUUAUCAGAUGCGGAGGGGGUAUGGAGUCCAGACAUCGAACAGAGCUUCCAAGAGGCACUUGCCAUAUAUCCACCUUGUGGCAGGCGAAAAAUCAUCCUAUCAGAUGAAGGAAAGAUGUACG